AAGGGCGCGCCUUGACAGCGGUGCUGCAAGAGGCCGGGCCUGGCCGCCGCCUGGAUGCGGAGCAGCGCCAGAGGACUCGAGCUGCAAAGCCGCGGCGGCCGCCGCCACCGCUUCUCCCUUCCGUGAGGCGGGCCCCGAAGGCGGGGCGGCGCUGGCCCUGCUGCCUUGCCGCCGUGGAUGAGCCCGGGAGGCGCGGCGGGCCGCCCGUUGGGGCGCGGCGGCGGCGGCGGCGGUUGGAGCAGAAGGAAGCGGAGGAGGGGCUGCAGCAGCGGCAGCAGCAGCAGCGCCGACGGCGCCGGCGAGGCCAGGAUGCCCGGCUCCGGGGGCGCCCUUAGCUCCUAGUCGUCGCCUGCCCGCCACCUCCCCGCUCGGCAUGGGCGGCAAGCAGAGCACGGCGGCCGCGACGGCAGCGGGGCGCUCGCGGGGCGGCGUGUCGAGCGACGACAGCGCGGUGCCGCCGCCCGGAGGAGCCCCCCACUUCGGGCAGUACCGGGGCGCGGGCGGCGGUGGCGGAGGGGCCACCAUGGGCUUGCGCAGCCGCUCCGUCAGCUCGGUGGCCGGCGUGGGCGUGGGGCUGGGCAUGGAGCCGGCGGCGCCCGGCAGCGUCCCCUUCGGGCUCUACACGGCUGCUUCGGCCGCCGCCGCCGCGGGAGACUCGGAGCGGGGCCCGGGCGGCGGCGGCGGGUCGGGCGCGGACUCCACCCCUUACGCCCAUGGCAACGGUUACCAGGAGACGGGAGGCGGUCACCACAGAGACGGGAUGCUCUACCUGGGCUCCAGGACCUCUCUGGCCGAUGCGCUGCCUUUGCACCUCGGGCCCCGGUGGUUUAGCUCGCACAGCGGUUUCAAGUGUCCCAUUUGCUCCAAAUCCGUGGCUUCCGAUGAAACGGAAAUGCACUUUAUCAUGUGUCUGAGCAAGCCCCGCCUCUCCUACAACGACGAUGUGCUAACAAAGGAUGCAGGCGAGUGCGUAAUCUGCCUGGAAGAACUCCUGCAGGGGGACACGAUAGCUCGGCUUCCCUGCCUGUGCAUUUACCACAAGAGCUGUAUAGAUUCCUGGUUUGAAGUGAACAGAUCAUGUCCGGAGCACCCUUCAGAUUGAUCCUAGCGAUGCUUGCAGAUCUCUCCCCAGGUAAUCCCCUCCAUUUGCCCCUUCCUCUCCACUCCCUCCUCCAAAGCCGCUCUGGAACCCUGCAGGACGACAGUGUGGGGGGGCGUUUUUGUUACUUCUCGACUUUAAAAGGGCAGACAAGACCCCAAAGAGAAGCCGCUACUUUUGCAGAGCCGCACCUUGGCAGCCUUCAGCUGGGAUGGGGAGAGGCUUCCCACGUCCGAGGUCCUGCAGACACCCCCCUCCCCAGAGGCGUCAUGAUGUUUGGUCCGGAUCUGGCUGCCUGCCAAACGGAGCAUGAGAGAGGGUUUACCACCAUUUCGACAAGGAACUCUGGUCCUCCUGCUACACGCGGGUCACACUUCUUUGCACUGAAAAGGUGAAUUCUUUUUUUUUUCUUCUUUUUUCCUCGGAACCAGGAAGAGAGACGACCCACCCACAAUCCCACCCACACCCUGAGGAGGAAAGGGCAUUUUUCUGUCUCGUUUUUUGAAGGCGUUGUAGGUUUGUCUUUCAAGUGUUUACAAAAAACAGCCAUUUCGUGUCAACUGAUGUGUGUUCCUGGUGAUGUUUACAAGACUGCAUCCUCUUGGCCUCCCUGCUAGAGCCAUUCGGCACCUGAGCAGCUGAAUCUCUUCUUCCCACUGACCCCUUUGCCUUUUCCUGGGGACGCCACACCUCAUUGCCAAAAGUCCCCUGGUCCCCCCCCCCCCCCCCACUUAGCGAGUCUCGGUUUGAACUUCCCACUCCAGGGCAGUCGUGGGGACAUCCUGAAGGGCUGUGGCCAUUCACAAGUGUCCUGCUAAGAUGCCUGAACCUCUUUCUCCGCCCUGUGUGGAAAAUGAACCUGAAUUGUGAAGUGGCACAGAGACACAACACGUUACCCCCGCCCCCCAACCUCCCACCCCAAUCCACGUUUGAGCACGAAGUGGAGAAUGUCUCAGCCAUGGGAAAAGCCCCUGCCGGCAGCCAUCAUCCAGCAGGGAAAAGGUAUCUGUAUUUAUAUAGUUAAAAAAAAAACAAAAAUUACAAAAAUUACAAAAAAAACAAAAACCUUUAAAGCUUGGGAAGGGAAGCUUCCCCUAUUAGUCAAGGUGUUUUGAUAUGGUAUUAAAUAAUGUUCAAUAAAAUAGUCACUGUUAUUUUA